UAUUAAUUUAAGAUCAAGAACGAUAAAUUCUUAUUAAUUUGCUUUAAAUCGCAAUUCAAUUCGUUUUCGUCAAGACACUUGAAGUUUUAAUUUUUGUUGAGUUUUUCGGCUGUCUUUCAAAUCAAAAUGGGUAUUUUAUUCGCUGAUGAGCCUGAAGCAACAAUAAGAGCACGUGACCGUGCCCGUGCCAAGCGCAGAGUAGGAUGGCGUAGUAUUGUUUUGGCCACCGACGCCAGCGAAAGACAUUGGUUCGAGGAGGAAGAUGUUAUCGUUGCUUUUAAUUUGCCCCGCAUUACCACAAUCCUGGAGCGGCUAAUGGGCACCAACAUUGUGCGCCUGACCGAUCGUGAAUAUAUGCGUACCCUGCGUGACCGCAUCGACGAGGACUACAGGAACCAGUUGGAAAAACGCAUCAAAACACGUGAGCAAAGAGAAAUUGAGCGUGAACGUUUGCUUAUCAUUGAGGGUAAAUCGAAUGAAGUGCCAAGGGAGCUCUUUCAUGAUCCUAUUUUUGUGGUUAACAGAGAAGUUGAACAGGAGAUAUUAUUCCAACGCUCAAAAAUGAAAACCACAAAGGAGAAAAAUGCCAUUCGUCUGAGACAGGCCACGCUAUAUUGGGAGCGCGAACGUCAGAUUCGUGACAUCGAGGAAAAGCAACGGGAAGAAAAAGUUAUGAAUCGCAUAAAUAAUGAAAAAAUGUUGGAGGAACAAUAUCAACGUGAAAAUGAUGAAAGGGGAAUGGAUUUAUUACGUUACAUUUAUAGUCCCCAUGGCAGAUCAGCCGCAAAUUGGCGGCCUUGUGAACUGGAUCUCAAGGAUUAUUUAGAGUCUGAGCGAGCGAAAAUGAAAGCGCGUGAAAACAUUGUUUCGAAACAAUUCAAUUCAGAUCCGAAGGACUUACGCAACAUCAUUGCGGCCAGAAAGGAAAAAUUACGUGCAGAGCGUGCUGCGAAAGCAGCUGCUGCACUAGGAGAUCAACUUAGCGAUACGAGUCGUUCUAAAAUAUUUGAAAUGGGUAGGCAUGGCGAGGGUGGGUAUAGGCUUUCCGGUCCAGAUGGUGCAAUGAUGGGACGUGGUAGAUACCCUGGUGACUCAGAUGAAACAAUUAUGUCAGAUGAUUUUGAAGAGGAUGAGGGUAGCACUCUCAGUGAGUCAGUUCGUGCACAUGCAGAAAUGUUAGAUGACGAAAUAUCGCAAGACAUUAAAAGAGGUUUUAUUAUUUCACGCGCCCAAUAUGAGGAUUUACGUUAUGAAGAAGUGAAAAUAACAAAAUUGCGCCAAGCUAGAAAUAUUAAUGAACUUUAUCAGCUUGCAGAGGAAAUCAUAUUAGGUGAUCGUCCUGUUGAAGAGGAUCAAGGUGAGGAAGAACAUGAGGAGGAGGAAGAGGAAGAGGUCGAAGAGGAAGAGAGUUCAGCUGAAUCCUAUUAAACCUUAUAUUUUAAUACAAAUGUUAUGAUUAUUUAGCAAAAUUUUGACCAUGACUAAGAAGCACAAAAUUAUUGUACAAAAUUUUAUAUGUUCUUUAAUGAAUACAAAAUAUAUAAUUCACGAAACCAA